CCCAGCACUUUGGGAGGCUGAGGCGGGCAGAUCACCUGAGGUCAGGAGUUCGAGACCAGCCUGGCCAACAUGGUGAAACCUCAUCUCUACUAAAAAUACAAAAAUUAGCCUGGUGUGGUCGUGGGCGCCUAUAAUCCCAGCUACUUGGGAGGCUGAAGCAGGAGAAUUGCUUGAAUCCAGAAGGCAGAGGUUGCAGUGAGCCAAGAUGGAGCCACUGCACUCCAGCCUGGGCAGCAGAGUGAGACUUUCAAAAAAAAAAAAAAAAAAAAAAAAAAAGCUUUUAAGAAGUAGAGACUAGAUUUCUGUGUGUGGUUCUAAAAUAACAGAGUAGUUUGUGUACAAUGAAUUAAUAUUCAUUAUUUGCUGGUACAGUUAAUUUAAUUCACUAUAAAUUGUCUUCAUGAUCUAGGCUACCUCAUAUCUUAACUAAUCAGCAGAAAUGAAAGGGAUAAGAGAAGGAACUGAAGUCAGAGUCACAGCCUUUGGAAACCAGAAAAGAUCUUGAGAGUUCUUGUUCAGUGAUUGUCACAGGAGAUAAAUUAGGUAGAUGUGGUGGUUUACUCCUGUAAUUCCAGCACUUUGAGAAGCUAAAGCAGGACAGAUUAGUUGAAGCCAGUUCAAGACCAGCCUGGGCAACAGUGAGAUCUCAUCUCUACAAAAAAUUUAAAAAUUAGCUGGGCAUGGCAGUAUGUGUCUGUAGUCCUAGCUACUUGGGAGGUUGAGGUAGAAUGAUCACUUGAGCCUGGGAGGAUGAGGCUGCAGUGAGCUGUGAUUAUACCACUGCACUCUAGCCUGGGUGAUAAACUCUAAAAAAAUGAAAAACAAAAAACAGGAAUCAAGCCUGGGCACAGUGGAUCAUACUUUAUAAUCCCAGUACUUUGGGAGGCUGAGGUGGGUGGAUCACUGGAGGUCAGGAGUUUGAGACCAGCCUGGCCGAUAUGGUGAAACCCUGUCUCUACUACAAAUACAAAAAUUAGCUGGGCAUGGUGGUGGGUGCCUGUAAUCCUAGGUAAUUUGGGAGGCUAAGGCAGGAGAAUCAUUUGAACCUGGGAGGCAGAGGUUGCACAGAGCUGACAUUGCACCACUGCACUCCAGCCUGGAUGACAGUGAGGCUCCAUCUCAAAAAAAAAAACAAAAAACUUAUAAAACCAUAGCUACAAUCAUUUGUUAAUGGCUACACAGUAUAAAAAGAUAAAAAGUGAUAUUAAAAACAAAAUGCAGCUGGGUAUGGUGGCUCACUUCUGUAAUCCUAGCACUUUGGGAGGCUGAGGUGGGAGGAUUGUUUGAGACCAGAGGUUCAAGACCAACCUGGCCAACAUAAUGAGACCCCUUCUCUAAUAUAAGAAAAAAAAAUGUAUAUGGGAGGGAAAGUUAAGAGUUUUUGUAUGCGAUUUAAGUGUUCAGCUUAAAAUAGACUGUUAAAAAGUGUUAUAUAAACCUCAUAGUAACCACAAAACGAACACCUAUAGUAGGUACACAGAAGAUAAAUAAUCAAAGGACUACAGAAAGUCAAAUAACAAAGGAAGAGAGCAAGAGAGGAAGAAAGGAACAAAGGGCCACAAAGCAACCAGAAAACAAUUUAAAAAAUGGCAGUAGUAAGUCCUUACCUUUAAUGAUUAUUUUGAAUACAAAAUGGAUUACAUUCUCCAAUCAAAACACAGAGUGGCUAAGUGGAUCAAAAAAGCAAGACUCACUCAACUGUAUUCUGCCUACAAAAGCUUCACUUCACCUUUAAGGACACAUACAGACUGAAAGUGAGACAUGGAGAAAGAUAUUUCAUGCAAGUGGAAACCAAAAGAGAGCAGGGGUAGUUUUCAGUUACCUGCAGUCAGCCAUGCUUUGAAAAUUAUUCGUAAGUUUAAAAGUGGCACACCAUUAUCAGUAGUGUGGUGAAGUCUCACACCAUUCCACUUUGCCCUGUCCUGGAUGUGAAUCAUCCCUUUGUCCAAUGUAUCUAUGCUGUGUACUUUACCUACCUAUUUGUCACUUAGUAGUCUUCUCAGUUAUCAGAUUGUUGUGGUAUUGCAAAGCUUGUACAAGUUCAAGUAACCCUUAUUUUAUUUACUUAGUAGCCCCAGAGCACAAGAGUAGUGACUCUGGCAUAUUGUUCUAAUUAUUUUAUUUUAUUAUUAGUUACUGUUAAUCUCUUCCUGUGCCUAAUUUAUAAAUUAAGCUUUAUCAUAGGUAUGUAUAUAUAGGAAAAUACAUAAUGUAUAUUGGUUUCAGCACCAUCUGUGUUUUCAGGCAUCCAUGGGGAAUCUUGGAAUGUAUUCCUUGAGGAUAAAGGGGGAAUACUGUAUGUAUUUCAGACAAAAUAGACUUUAAGUCAAAAGCUGUAACAAGAGCAAGACACAAGAUCAUUACAUAAAUGUCAAUGAGGUAAAUUCUUUUUUUUUUUUUUUUUUUUUGAGACGGACUCUCCCUCUGUUGCCUGGGCUGGAGUGCAGUGGUACAAUUUCAGCUCACUGCAACCUCUGCCUCCUGGGUUCAAGUGAUUCUCCUGCUUUUAGCCUGCUGAAGCUGGGACUACAGGCACAUGUCAUCACGCCCGGGUAAUUUCUGUACUUUUAGUAGAGAUAGGGUUUGCCAUGUUGACCAGGCUGGUCUUGAACUCCUCACCUCAAGUGAUCCACCCACCUUGGCCUCCCAAAGUGCUGGGGUUACAGGCGUGAGCCAUUGUGCCUGGCCCAAAGAGGUAAAUGCAUCAAGAUGGUGUAACAAUUAUAUAUGCAUCAAAAUAUAUAAAGCAAAUAACAGAUUUUUUUAAAAAGUGAAAGCAAGUUUAUUAAGAAAGUAAAGGAACAAAAGAAUGGCAGAACAGCCCUCUUAACAGACUUGAAGUGGGAAAUACACAGCAAUAGAAUACCCCACUUUCAACAUUGGAUAGGUCAGACAGAAUCAAAGAGGAAACAUUGAACUUGAACUGCACUUUAGACAAAAUAAGCCUAAGAGACAUACAUAUACAUAACAUUUAUCGAACAGUAGCAGAAUACACAUGCUUCUCAAGUGCAUAUUGAAUGUUUUCCAGUAUAAAUGUGUUUGGUCACAAAACAAGUCUUAACAAAUUUAAGAUUGAAAUCAUGCGGACUAUCUUUUGACUAAAAUAGUGUGGAAUUAGAAAUCAAGAACAGGAUGAAAACCAGAACAUUCACAAAUAUGUGGAAAUUAGAAAGUUUCCUGAAUAACUGAUGGGUCAAAGAGUCAAAAAAGAUUGAGACAAAGUGGAAACACAGCAUAUCAAAAUUUAUGGACUGCAGCAAAAGGAGAUCUAAAGGGACAUGUAUAGUGCUAAAUACCUACAUUAAGAAAAAAGAAACAUCUCAAAGAAACCACCUAAUGUUAUACCUACAGGAAGUAGCAAAAGCCCAAAGUUAGCAGAAAGAAAUAACGAAGACCAGAGCAGAAAUAAAUGCAAUUGAUAUGCCUUUUCUCCUACAUAAAUAGAAGAAUUGAUAUCAAUCUUUCUCAAACUCUUCCAAAAAAUUGAAGAGGAGGGAAUAAUUUCAAACUCAUUUUACAGGAUCAGCAUUACCCUGAUACCAAAACCAGGUGAGGACAUGACAAGAAAAGAAAAUUACAUCCAACUGUCCCUGAUUGUAAACAAAGAUGCAAAAUCUAGCCAACUGAAAAUACUAGCCAACUGAAUUUGACAGCCUAUUAAAAGAUUAUACACCAUGUUCAAGUGGGACUUAUCCCUUGGAUGCAAGGAUGGUUCAACACACACAAAUCAAUAAAUACGAUAAACUGCCUUAACAGAAUGAAGGACAAAAGCCAUGUCAUCUCGAUAUAUGCAGAAAAAACAUUUAACUAAAUUCAAUAUUCCUUUAUGAUAAGUACCCUAAAAUUAGAUGUAAAAGGAACUUACUUCAACAAAAUAAAGGCCAUAUAUCACAAGCCCAGAACUAACAUUAUCUUCCAUGGUGAAAAACGGAAAGCUUUUCCUCUAGGAAGAAAAGAAGGAUGCCCACUCACUACUUCUAUUCAACAUAGUACUGGAAGACUUAGCUAGAACAAUUAGACAAGAAAAAGAAAUAAGAGGCAUUCAUACCAGAAAGGAAGAAAUAAAAUUAUUUUUGUUUGCAGAAGACACUAAAUGAAAUAAGCCAGACAUAGAUAAAUAAUGCAUGACCUCACAAGUGGAAUCUAAAAAAAGUCAAAUGCAUAGAAACAGAGUAGAAUCAUGGUUACCCAGGACCAGGAGGUGGGGGAAGAAGGGAGAUAGUGGUCAAAGGGUACAAACCUUCAGCUGUAAGAUUAAUAAGCACUGAGACCUAAUGUAUAGCAUGGUAACUGUAGUUAAUAUAUACCUGAAAUUUGCUAAGAGUAGAUCUCAAGUGUUCUCAGCACAUACACAUACAAGUUACUAUGUGAGGUGAUGGAUACAUUUAUUAGCCUAGUUGUGGUAAUCAUUUCACAAUGUAUACAUAUAUUAAAAUAUUACAUUGUAUAUUCUAAAUGUAUACAAUUUGUAUUUGUCAAUCAUACCCCAAAAAAGCUGGAGAAAAUAUAUGUAUAUGUCAAAAGUGACACGUAUGGCUUUCUUUAGAGAUUCUGAUUACCUCCUGCUUUUGCCUUCUUGUAGUAGGGCUUAGGUAACUUCUGAACUGUGUCCUUUCCUAUCAUUACUGAGAUUCGGACGCACUGCUAUUGGUAGAGGUGUAUCUUAGACCUUAGGUUUUUGUUGGGGAAAAAAAUGUGGACUAUCACUUUUCUCGCUCAACUCCCCUUAAUUAUACUUGAUACGACUGGUCUUGUUAUAAUGUGAGCCUGUAUUAUGCCUCACUUCCUCCAUUCUGAUACCCUCGUAGGCAGUCUGCUUGCCAAUGGCUUUUUUAGUUCUGAUUCAGCUUACAUGUCGCCCCCAGAAUAAUCUUUGUGAAACAAAGCUCUGCUCAUGUUUUUUUUUUUACUCUCCUAUUAAUUGCCUUUAUUAAUCCUUCUUUGCUUAUAGAAUAAAGUCCAAAAUAUCAUUUCAUCUUCAACUCAGUUUUCCCAUUGACUAACGAUAUGCUUUAAUGAAUGUAAGCACCAGUAGUCAUUUUUCAUAUGCCACAAGUACUGAAUGCUUGCUAAAUUAGAAUUCCCUCUGCCUAGAAUACCUUCCCUUUUAUCCCUUCCUGUUGUGUAAAGCUAGCCCAAAUACGAAUUCAUGAAAUAUUUGCCUAUCCUUCCAAUCUGAAAGGUGAUCUGUUUGUUUGGGGGGCAAAGGGGUGAGAGUGUUGCUGUUGAAAUUCUUUUUCUCACUUGUUUUAAGCUCUUUGAAUAUAAAGACCAUGUCUUCAUUUAUAUGUACUCGUAGUACUUCCCAUACACCUUUUUAGAUAGUAGACGCUCAUUGAGUACCUGUGGAAUUAACAGUGAUUUCAGCGAGGAGGGUCUGGAAGUCAGUAAGUUGAGUGUUUUCUGUCUUUUACUCAUUUUUAUUUGGGUUGCUCCUAGUUACAGGACUUAAAUAUUCUUUAUAUGCUUUGUCAUAGUUGCAGAAAAUCUCAUUUCUUUUUUUUUUUUUUAGGUCAGUAUAUUUUAGUAAGGCCAGUCUGUUACCUUAAAUGUUUUCUAGAUGAGAUACACCAGUUGUGACAAAUGCUUGGUCUUACAUUGAAUUGUAAGUCACCCAGAUUAAAUUGAAUUACAUUUUCCUUUUGUCACUCCAAUGCAUUUCCCCCAUUUUUCCUCUGGUACUUUAAGCCUUGCAAAUGAAUUGGUUUCUCUUUCUCUGGUCAUAAUUAUAAAUCAAGCCAAUUGGGUGUCGCUGUGCUUCUCCAUGAAUCCUAAUUCAGGCCAAUUGAUUUUCUUCAAGAAACAAUCAAACCAUCCCUGCCUUCUCCACCAUAUUUUUGGUGUUUCCCUGCACCUUUUUUUUUUUUUUUUUUUUUUUUUGAGAUGGAGUCUCGCCCUGUUGCCCAGGAUGGAGUGCAGUGGUGCAAUCUUGGCUCGCUGCAACCUCCGCCUCCUGGGUUCGUGCAAUUGUCCUGUCUCAGCCUCCUGAGUAGCUGGGAUUACAGUCAUGUGCCACCAGGCCCAGCUAAUUUUUUGUAUUUUUAGAAGAGAUGGGGUUUCACCAUGUUAGUUAGUAUGGUCUCAAUCUCCUGACCUCGUGACCUGCCUCCCUCGGCCUCCCAAAGUGCUGGGAUUACAGGCUUGAGCCACUGUGCCUGGCCAACCUUUUCUUUCUUUUUAAAAAUAAUUCUAUUUUAGGUUCAUAGGUACAUAUGCAGGUUUAUUAUAUAGGUAAAUUGCAUGUCAUGGGGGUUGGAUGCACAGAUUAUUUUGUCGCUUAGGUAAUAAGCAUAAUACCUGAUAGGUUGUUUUUCAAUCCUCUCCCUCCUCCACCCUCCCUGCUCAGGGACCCAGUAUCUGUUGGUCCCUUCUUUGUGUCCAUAUGUACUCAAGGUUUAGAUCUCAUUCAUAAGUGAGAACAUGUGGUAUUUGGUUUUCUAUUCCUGCAGCUCUAUCUUGGUUGCUGCCAGGGAUAUGUUCUUUUUUAUGGCUGUAUAGUAUUCCACAGUAUAUGUAUACACCACAUUUUCUUUAUCUAGUUUAUCAUUGAUGGGCAUUUAGGGUGAUUCCAUGACUUUUCUACUGUGAAUAGUGCUGCAGUGAACAUAUGUACAUGGCAUGCAUGUGUCUUUGUGAUAGAAUGGUUUAUAUUCCUUUGGGUAUAUACCCGAUAACAGGAUUGCUGGGUUGAAUGGUAGUUCUAAGUUCUUUGAGAAAUCACCAUACUACUUUCUACAAUGGCUGAACUAAUUUGUUUCUACCAGCAGUGUGUACGUGUUCCCUUUUUCUGCAGCCUCAUCAACAGCUGUUAUUUUGACUUUUUCAUAGUAGCCAUUCUGACUGGUGUGAGAUGGUAUCUUACUGUGGUUUUGAUUUGUGUUUCUUUCUCUCUCUCUUUUUUUUUUUCAAGUUGUACUAGUCCAGUUGAUUUGUGUUUCUCUAAUGGUUAGUGAUGUUAAGCAAUUUUUUAUAUGCUUUUUGGCCACAUGUCUUCUUUGAAAAGUGUCUGUUCUUGUCCUUUGCCCACUUUUUAAUGGGGUUGUUUGUUUUUUACUUGGUAAUUUGCUUAAGUUCUUAUAGAGCCUGGAUAUUAGACCUUUGUCAAAUGCAUAGUUUACAACUAUAUUUUCCCAUUCUGUUGGUUGUCUGUUUACUCUAUGAAUAGUUUAUUUUGCUGUGCAGAAGCUCUUUAGUUUAAUCAGGUUUCAUUUGUCAAUUUUUGUUUUUGUUGCAGUUUUGGCAUAAUCUUUAUGAAAUCUUUGCCCAUUCCUGUGUCCAGAAUGAUAUUUCCUAGGUUAUCUUUCAGGGUUUUUAUAGUUUUAUAUUUUACAUUUAAGUCUUUAUUACAGGGUUGAUUUUUGUAUGCGUUAUAAGGAAGGGGUCCAGUUUCAAUCUUCUCCAUAUGGCUAGCCAGUUAUUCUAGCACCAUUUAUUGAAUAGGGAGUCCUUUCUCCGUUGCUUGUUCUUGUCAACUUUUUCAGAGAUAAGAUGGUUGGAGGUGUGCGGCUUUAUUUCUGGACUCUCUAUUCUGUCCCAUUGGUCUAUAUGUCUGUUUUUGUCCCAGUACCAUUCUGUUUUGGUUUCUGUAGCCCUGUAGUAUAGUUCGAAGUCAGAUAACAGGAUGCCUCCAGCUUUGUUCUUUUUCUUAGGAUUGUCCUGGCUAUUUGAGCUCUUUUUCUGGUUCCAUAUGAAUUUUAGAAUAGUUUUUAAAAAAUUCUGUGAAGAAUAUCAUUGGUAGUUUGAUAGGAAUAGCAUCAAAUCUGUAAAUUGCUUUGGGCAGUAUGGCCAUUUUAACAACAUUGAUUAUUUCUAUCCAUGAACAUGGAAUAUUUUUCCAUUUGUUUGUGUCAUCUCUGAUUUCUUUGAGCAGUGUUUUGUAAUUCUUGUUGUAGAGAUCUUUCACCUCCCUGGUUAGCUGUGUUCUUAUGUAUUUUAUUUUGUUUUAUUUUAUUUUUGUGGCUAUUGUGAUUGGAAUUAUGUUCUUGAUUUGAUUGUCAACUUGGAUGGAUGUUGGAUUAUUGUACAUUGACUUUCUAUCCUGAAACUUUACUGAAGUUGCUUAUCAGAUCUAGGAGCUUUUGGGCAGACUAUGGGGUUUUCUAGCUAAAGAAACAAAUGAUUUGAUUUGCUCUCUUACUAUUUGGAUAACUUUUAUUUCUUUUUCUUGCCUGAUGGUCCUGCUUAGGACUUCCAGUACUAAGUUGAAUAGGAAUGGUGAGAGUAGGCAUCCGUGUCUUGUUCCAGUUCUUAAGGAGAAUGCUUGCAACUUUUGCCCAUUCAGUGUGAUGUUGCCUGUGGGUCUGUCAUAGAUGGCUCUUAUUAUUUUGUGGUAUAUUCCUUCAAUGCCUAGUGUGUUGAGGGUUUUUAAAAUGAAGGGAUGUUGAAUUUUAUCAAAAGCCUUUUUUUUUGUAUCUAUUUAGAUGAUGAUGUGGCUUCUGCUUUUAGUUCUCUCUAUGUGGUGAAUCACAUUUAUGGAUUUGUGUAUGUAGAGCCAACCUUGCGUCUCAGAGAUAAAACCUACUUGAUAAUGGUGGAUUAACUUUUUUGUUGUGCUACUGGAUUUGGUUUGCUUGUAUUUUGUUGAGGACUUUUGCACCUAUGUUCAUCAAGGAUAUCGUCCUGGCUUCCCCCGCUUUUUUUUUUUCAGUCUCUGCCAGGUUUUGGAAUCAGGAUGAUACUGGCUUCCUAGAAUGAGUUAGUGGUGGGUCCUUCCUCCUAGACUUUUUGGAACAGUAGGAAUAGUUCAGCAGAAACUCCUUUUUUAUACAUCUGGUAGAAUUUGGCUGUGAAUCCGUCUGGUCCUCGGCCCUUUCUGGUUGGUAGGAUUUUUAUUACUGAUUCAGUUUCAGAACUUGUUAUUGGUCUCUUCAGAGGUUCAGUUUCUUCCUGGGUCAAUCUUGGGAGGUUGCAUGUUUUCAAAAAUUUAUCCAUUUCCUGUAGGUUUUCUAGUUUGUGUGCAUAGAGGUGUUCAUAAUAGUCUCUGAGGGUUUUUGGCAUUUCUGUGGGACCAAUGGUAAUGCCCCUUUUGUCAUUCUGAUUGUAUUUAUAUGGAUCUUCUGGGUUUUUUCCCUCCUUUAUUAGUCUAGCUAGUGGUCUAUCUCUUAUUUGUUCUUUAAAAAAACAAAGUCUGGGAUUUCUUGAUCUUUUGUGUGGGUUUUUGUUUCUCAGUUUCUUCAGUUCAGCUCUGGUUUUGGUUAUUUCUUGCUUUCUGCUAGCUUUGGGGUUGGUUUGCUCUUGUCUUUAGUUCCUCUAGGUGUGGUGUUAGGUUGUUAAUUUGAGAUAUUUCUAACUUUUUGAUGUGGGCAUUUAGCACUAUAAAUUUUCCUGUUAACCACUGCUUUAGCUGUGUCCCGGAGAUUCUGGUAUAUUGUGUAUUUGUUCUCAUUAGUUUCAAAGAAUUUCUUGAUUUCCACCUUAAUUUUAUUGUUUACCGAAAAGUCACUCAGGAGCAGGUUAAUUUCUGUUUAAUUGUAUGGUUUUGAGUGGAGAAAAUCUCAUUUUUGUGCUUCAGAGCCAGUAAGUAUGAGACAGCCAAGUAAGUAGUAAUGAAGACAGAUUAUACUUUGGCACAUAGACUUUUUGGCCCGGAGAAGGAACACUAGGUAUCAUGUAGUAGAGUUGAUGAUACAUUUGGUCAUUUGUCUCAUUUUAAUACAUUUGUCUCAUUUUAAUUAUAAGUGGCUAAGGUUGCAUUGCACUUUGCCCAUGAUUUGUUUUUUUUGUAGACUUUACAAAAACCAUUUCUUUUAUUGCCUCUCAAUUGUACAUGAAGAAAAUAUAUAUGUGACUAUAGGACUCAUGUUCAGGAGUUCUCCAUCAAUCACAUAUUCUCCAUCAAUCAUAUUCAAAGGAAGGAAAGAGGGAGAAUUUUAUUUACUUGUGGGUCCUUAGCCUGGGUUUGUAUAGGCUUGUGAUGUUUUAACAGCAUUUUUAUUGUUUGACAUUUAUUUCAAAAUUUUGCUAGGAGUCUCUCUCUGUCACCCAGACUGGAGUGCAGUGACCCAAUCUCGGCUCACUGCAACCUUGGUCUCGAGUUCAAGUAAUUCUUCUGCCUCAGCCUCCCGAGUAGCUGGGAGUACAGGUGCAUGCCACCACACCUGGCUAAUUUGUGUAUUUUUAGUAGAGGCAAGGUUUCACCAUUAUUGGCCAGGCUGGUCUCAAACUCCUGACCUCGUGAUCCGCCCACCUCAGCCUCCCAAAGUGCUGGGAUUACAGGCAUGAGCCACCAUGCCCACUGUAUUUAGUUUUCUUUUCAAAGACAUACGAUACAGGCUGGUAUGUUUUCAAAAAAGCACUGAUAUACUUAAAUUGCCUGCAUCUGAGCCAGUAGUAAAAUGAUUGCCCAUUGUGACUUCAUGCUCUAACCUGUCAAAGGAUAACAUCAUCCCCUCAAUUAAAAUAAUUCAUUAAGACUGACUAUGGAUUCUUUGGUUUGUUUUUCAACAUUUUCUUUGUUUCUAUUAUGUGUAUUCUGCCAACAUACCUAUUAUUGGGAAAAAAUGUCAUUGAAGCAUUUUGUGUGGGUGCUGCAUCUGGCUGCAUAUUGGCAUGCGACCACUAGAGGGCAUGCUCCUCCUUGCAACUGAAACAGUUGUAGGAAUUUGCUCAGCCUCCUGGUGGCAGGGGAAGCAUUUUUAUUUACUUAUUUAUUAAUUUAUUAUUGUUAUUAUUAUUUGAGACGGAGUUUCGCUCUUGUUACUCACACUGGAGUGCAAUGGCGCGAUCUCGGCUCACGGCAACCUCCGCCUCCUGGGUUCAGGCAAUUCUCCUGCCUCAGCCUCCUGAGUAGCUGGGAUUACAGGCACCCGCCACUGUGCCCAGCUAAUUUUUUGUAUUUUUAGUAGAGACGGGAUUUCAUCAUAUUGACCAGGAUGGUCUCAAUCUCUUAACCUCGUGAUCCACACGCCUCGGCCUCCCAAAGUGCUGGGAUUACAGGUGUGAGCCACCGCGCCCGGCCUAUUUUUUUAAUUAUUUUUUCAACAAUCUAAGAUGGGACAGGAACAGGGGAAGCAUUUAAAAAGAAAGAGAUGAAGACUAUCUGGGUCAUUUAAUCUAUGGAGUCUAAGCCUGUAAUUGAUCUAAAGUUUGUUGAAAAUGUAGAAAAAUAGCUGUUUUGGGCAGUCAGAAAAUGAAGUACUGAAUGAUCUUUAAUACUUCAAUAAAUAUUUGAAUAGGGAAUAUACUUAAUUUUAAUGACACCCCCCCUCCCAUCUCCACCCAUCAUAGAGGAUGAAUGGGCAGUAAAGAGUUGUGGUCAGGAGCAUGGAUUUGGGAGAAGACAGACUACUGUGAUACAAAAUUUGUCUCUGUCACUUACUGGCUUUUUGACCAUGGAAAAAUUAAUUGAACUUUGUUUGCCUCAGUUUCCUCAUAUACAAAAUGAGAAUAGUACCUAUGGAAUAUUGUGACUGUAAAAUAAAUUUAAAAAUUAAAUUGCUUAGCUGGGCAUGGUGGCUCACUCCUGUAAUCCCAGUGCUUUAGGAGCCUAACGGUGGGAGGAUCGCUUGAGCCGAAGAUUUUGAGGUUACAGCGAACUAUGAUGGUGCCACUGCACUGCAGCCUGGGUGACAAUGAGCUACUGUCACUGAAAAAUAAAUACAUAAAGUAAUUAAAGUGCCUAGAACAGGGUCUGGAAUGUGGUCAGCUCCAUUUAAAUAUCUGCUGCCGGUACUAGUACUGCUUCUAAUUCUGGCUGUCAGGUGUGUAAUGCGGUGGUAUAAAAGCAAAAUGACAGGAGUUCUUUUUUUAUUGUCUUAGAAGUGAGGCAGAUGCCUAAGACUGGGGCAGGAAGUAGGAAGAGUCAUCUGAUAGAGGAGAAAUGGGGAGUAAGGAAUGGUAGGGAGACAUGUUUCUGACUGAUUCUAGAGUGAGGAUUUAACUCCUUAUUCUCCUUAUUUGUGAUCCUGCUCAACCCCUUUUAUAGCUUUUAUACUAUAUACCUUUUCACAGAAACCCAACCAACUGCCUUCUUAUCCUAUAGUUUUUGAGCACUGAUCAUUUGCUUGGAACUAGCUAAGUGCUUUGUAAGGAUUGUCUCAUUCAAUCUUCACACGACCCUGGGAUUCUUACUUCUGAGAGGUCUUUUUUAUUUUUUUUACUUCCCUCCCCCCUUCACUUCUGAGAAUUCUUAGUUCUUUUUUUUCUUUUUUUUUGAGAUGGAGUUUCGCUCUUGUUACCCAGGCUGGAGUGCAAUGGCGCGAUCUCGGCUCACCGCAACCUCCGCCUCCUGGGUUCAGGCAAUUCUCCUGCCUCAGCCUCCUGAGUAGCUGGGAUUACAGGCACGCGCCACCAUGCCCAGCUAAUUUUUUGUAUUUUUAGUAGAGACGGGGUUUCACUAUGUUGACCAGGAUGGUCUCGAUAUCUUGAGCUCGUGAUCCACCCGCCUCAGCCUCCCAAAGUGCUGGGAUUACAGGCUUGAGCCACCAUGCCCGGCCGAGAAUUCUUAGUUCUUACUCUCUGGGAUGGGUAGUAUGGUUAUCCAUAUUUCACAGAUGAGGAAUCAAGCAUAGAGGGGUUAAAUGACUGUACUAAUCUGUACCUAAAGUGAUAAUAUGCUAGUGUCAAAGCUAAUAGUUAAUGAAUUGAUUGUAGCUACCUCUGCACCUUCAUUUUAUGAAAAGGAAAUCUCCAUAUUCAUAUUAAUAUUCCAGCAAGACUGAUCUAAAUUAUGCGCUGCACUAUUUCAUAGUACAGUGCCUUUGUAUGCUCUGGUCUUUCUGCCUCAAAUACUUUUCUCCUAAGUUCCUAUUCAUUAUAGAACCUUUCCUCAUAAACUCAAGCAGAAACUAUCUCUUCUUUCUCCUUUGUGCUACCACUGGACAAUGUAUAACUGGGUCUUAUGCGUCUCCCACUGUAUUGAACUUUAUGUAUUUUUAAAGUAGGAAUCAUGUCCCUGUCUUCCCCCGUUCUCUGACUUUGAAUUCAAUGUUUGACACAUGAUAAAGACAGGAUAAAGUAUAUAGAACAGUGUGAGCACCCCCCUUGCUUGCCCUUUUCUCUCCUCAGUCCCUUCUGCAAAGUCAACUAUUGUCAAUGAUUUUGUAUGCGUUUCUCUAGACAUCUUUUUUUUUUUUUUGAGAUGGAGUCCGGCUCUGUUGCCCAAGCUGGAGUGCAGUGGCACAAUCUUGGCUCACUGCAACCUCUGUCUUCCUAGUUCAAGCAAUUCUCCUACCUCAGCCUCCCGAGUAGCUUGGACUACAGGUGCAUGCCACCAUGCUCGGCUAAUUUUUGUAUUUUUAGUGGAGAUGGGGUUUCACCAUGUUGGCCGGGCUGGUCUUGAACUCCUGACCUCAGGUGAUCCACCUGCCUUGGCCUCCCAAAGUGCUGGGAUUUCAGGGGUGAGCCACUGCCCUGGCCUUCUAGACAUCUUUUAAAGCAUUCUCUUUCUGUAUUUAUCUGCCUAUGCAAAGAUCCUUUAAUAAAAUAAAAAUUACAUGUAAAUUAUUUAUAUUAUUAUUUAAAAAAUUAAUAAUGUUUUGAAGUUCUUUCUUUGCCCAUGCAUUUGUCUUUGCUUGUGUUUAGUUUGUGCUUAGCACUAUUAAGGCUCUCUAAUGUAUGGAUGUACCAUAAUGUAUUUAGCCUCUGUCCUCAUUGAUAGUAACAUUUCCCACAUUUUUCACACUAAAUUUUAUACUGAACAUCUUUUACAUAUAAUAUAUACUUAAAUGAAAAAUUUAAAGGACAGAUUCCCCAGAAAUGGACUUGUGGGUGAAAUGUGAUUAAUUAAAAUAAAAAAAAAAUAAUUUCAACUUUUUUUUUUAGACCCGGGGGUAAAUGUGCAGGUUAGUUAUGUGGGUAUGUUGUGUGGUGCUGAAAUUUGGGAUGUGACUGAUCCCAUCACUCAGGUAUUGAGCAUAGCAUCCAACAGUUUUUCAACCCUUGUCUCCCUUCCUCCCUCUCCCAACAUUUAAAAUUUUGAUAGGUUUGUUGCUAUAUUAUCUUCUGCCUAACAUAUAUACUUAAUAUAAAUCCUGAGACCGUUUGCUUCUCUAUUUACUUUGUCAACAUAUUAUUUAAAAAUAUUUUUAUAUUUAGUUAAUAUAUUGGGCGAAAACAUAUGCAUUUUUCUCACUACAGUGAGAUUGUACUCUUUUUACAUAUUUAUUUACUGUCUUUUUUUUUUUUCUCAUGUGUUGUCACGUGUUUAAGUUUUAGUUGUGAGUUUGUCUUUAGUGUGUAUUUUCCUCAUGGGCAGUCCUGGGUUGUGGAAGUAUUUCUUUGGAGUGGUUUUGCAUUUGCCUUUUCUGAGUCCUCAGGGAGCAAUGGCCACCGUACCUGGCCAUUAAUAGGUAUAUAUUACGGGCCAAGUGCUGUAUUGACCAGAGCAAGUCAAUUUGGAAAGCAGCUAAAAUUGGAGUCACCCUCUGAUUAAAUUUGUGACCAUCUACUCCCAUCCGUUCUUUAUGACCCAUCUGUAUUGGCAAGAUGAGUGAAUUAAAUCAAGAAUAUAAUAGGAAUUGCUUAUGCUUCAGUUUUGAAUCCUUUGCUAGUGGUACUACUUUUUGUGAUUUCAUUAUAGAUGCUUUACUGCUUUUGAUUUUAUUUUGCUAGGAAGGUGAAGUUCAGGAGCUUCAGUUUGGCUUUUGAUCACAAUGGACCUUAUUUCACAGGUCAGGGAGACAGUGGGAUUCUGGACAACAGCAAUUUGGGAAAUAACUGGAGGGUGACUUCAGGCUCUCAGUAUAUCUGCUGCUUUUGUGGGGAUAGGAAACUUCGUGGACUUGGAGUGUCUGUGAUGCUUUGGGAAAUAUAUGGGUAUUCUCCAUAUAUUUCUUUAUCAGUUUUUGAGAUCAUGUUUUAUCACAAUUAGGCCUCUAGUUUUCACUUAAGAGACAUAGCAAAGCUUGAAUUCAACUGAAUUUGCAAUUUUUAACUGUAGAUUCCAACUAAAACUUUGUUUUUUGGCCUUUUCAGCCUGUAGCUACGAGCAAUAAAGAAUUCUUUUUAAUAUAGUUAUAGAACUUCUAGUUUUCAGUUUUUACCUUGGGUUAAAAAUUUAGAGGUCGAGCACGGUGGCUCACGCCUAUAAUCCCAGCACUUUGGGAGGCCGAGGCGGGUGGAUCACGAGGUCAAGAGAUCGAGACCAUCCUGGUCAACAUGGUGAAACCCUGUCUCUAUUAAAAGUACAAAAAUUAGCUGGGCAUGGUGGCGCGUGCCUGUAGUCUCAGCUUCUCGGGAGGCUGAGGUAGGAGAAUUGCUUGAACCCAGAAGGCAGAGGUUGCGGUGAGCCGAGAUCACGCCAUUGCACUCUAGCCUGGGUAAUAUAAGAGGGAAACUCCGUCUCAAAAAAAAAAAGAAUGUAGGACCCUUUGAAUUUGUUAUUCUCUUCCUUUGGAUUAUCUAGUGCCAUAAGAAGCAACUAUUCUACUCUGCAGUUCUUAAAUUCUUUCCCUUGGGGUUGUUUGGGCUUUUUUUUUGUGGGGGGGAGGGCGGUGUGGAGUCUUGCUCUGUUGCCUAGGCUGGAGUGCAGUGGCAUGAUCUUGGCUCACUGCAACCUCUGUCUCCCUGGUUCAAGAGAUUUUCCUCCCUCAGUCUCCCAGGUAGCUGGGAUUAUAGGCACCCACCUCCACACUUGGCUAAUUUUUGUAUUUUUAGUAGAGACAGGGUUUCGUCAUGUUGGCCAGGCUGGUUUUGAACUCCUGACCUCAGGUGAUUCACUCACCUUGGCCUCCCGAAUUGCUGGGAUUACAGCAUGCAAUCAGUAAUAGUAAAGCAUAUCUUCCUUGAAAUUUUAAAUACAUAAUAACAGAUGUUUUACUGUUUUAUCUCUGUGCCUUAGCAGAUCCUCUUUUAUACUGCCUAAGGUACUUGUGCCCCAUUUUGGAGAUCACUGUCCAAGAGAUCUCUUGGUUAAAUAAUUUAAAGGAGUAAGGGGGUAGAUUCUAUUAUUGUUUCCAAGUGUUUAUGUUCUCGUUUGUGAAAGGAUUAAACUUUGAUACCCUUGACAUGUCUUUCUGUAGGCAAAGUACAUUUCCCUGUCUCACAGGUUUGUCCAGGUAACUUGCACUGGCCAACAGAAUCGCAGUGAAUACAAUGUACACGUUAUCUGAAUAAAGGAUGCUAGCUACCACAUGGUUCAGCUUAUGAGGAGCUAUUCUGUAAUAUCAGCUCCAAGAAUGAGAAAACACUUGGAGAGGAACCAAGCAGAGUUGCAGUCAACUCCAAGCUGACCCUAAGUUCAUGUGUAAUGUGAGUGAGAAAUACCUGUUUGUUGUAAGCCACUUGGAUUUUGGGAUUGUUGGUGAUACAGUGUAAUCCAGUUAUAAUGUAACUUAUUCCAGGGAGAGAGCUAUAAUUUUAGGAAUAUGUUUUGCUUUCUAAUUAUGAGCUUAGAUCAUAAAGCCUCUGAGAAUCAAUGAUCAUUAUUUCAGGGACUAUGUGUGUAUACCUGUCUAUGUGCCAGUGCGAGUUAGGUCCAAUCAUUAAUUGUGGGGAACUUAAAAUUCCCUUAUCCUUCCCUUAUGCUUUGUGAUUCCCCUUUCCCUAUUAAAUAAUUUGAUUCUAAAUAAAGCAGUAGCAGUUUAGGCAGAACAAGGUAGGUGUCUAUGGUGGGGUGGCUGGGAGAACAGCAGUGGUCUGGCACAGGGUGAGAGCUUUAGCAGGGUGAGAAGGGUGACGAUGCAGGCUGUUGGCUUGAUGGUGGUGCUGGAGCCCAAGCAGAGUGAGAAGAUCCCUGUGGAGGUGGGAAAGUGUUCUGGCAUGGAGAACCAGAGCCUGUGCAGGACAAGCAGAUGUCCACUCCUGGCAACGGCCUGGUGCAGGGUAUCAGAGGAUAAGAGGAUUGAUGAGGGUAUCUACAGUAGGGAAGCCUGAUAUGAGAGGUCAGAGCCUGAGAGGUAAAGAAGGCAUCCAUGUGGUGGGAUAGUCAGGUGCAGUGAGUUGGAGCACAAGCAGGGUGAGGAGGGCAUCCAUGCAUGAGGUGACCUUCUGUAGGGAGUCAGAGUCGCAAAUGGGUGAGCAGAGUACUCUGGGGGGGGCUGGUAUGGACGUCAGCAUGUGGGAUGGGUGAGGAGGACGCUCAAACUUAGUGUUGGCCCAGUGGGGGUUGGGACUCAGCACUUAAGCAGGAUGAAGAGGGAGCGCUUCCUUGCUGAGGGUAGACCUGGGGUGGGUUUCAGAGACCAAGCAUGAUAAGGAGGGUGUCAAUGUGUGGGGUAGCCAAUCUGCUUAGGGAACUCACAUCCUAAGCAGGGUGAGAUGGGAAUUAUUGCUGGGGGAUGGAGGACCUUCAUGGAGUGUCAGAGCUUAAGCAGGUUGAAGAAAGCAUCUAUGCAGAGGGUAGCUUUGGUGUGGAUUUCAGAAACUUGGCAGGAUAAGGAGUGGUCCAUGUGGUAGCACAGCCCAAUGAGGAAGUCAGACCCCUCCAGGGUGAGGGGGCUUCCACCCAUGGGGGUGACCUUGUGUGGAGUGUUAGAGCCUAAGGGGGUCUAAGUGGUGACUAGGGGACCAGCAUCAGGAAUCAGAGUGUAAGCAGAGUGAGGAGGGCUUUCCUGCAGAGGAGUGGUCUAGCACUGGGAGUCAGAACCUUGGCAGGGUGAGAGGGAUGCUUGUGGGGGAAUGUUCAUGGGGGUGGGGAGUGGGCUGACCCUUUGCCAGCACCCUCAAACAGAGUGAGGAGGGGGGCAUGAGUGCAGGGAGUGGCAGCUUGGAAUGGGGAGUCAGAGCUCAACUAGGAAGAGAGGAGCAUGUUAGCAGGUGGAGACUGACAGCAUCCAGGAGAUUGAUCAAAUAAGGAGUAGGUGAAAGGCAAUGAAAGCAGGUUUCUUACUGCCACAGAAAGGAGUUAGGAAUGUGGAAACGGAGAAAAUUAGAAUGAACCCUGUGGUGUUAGAUUGGAAUUAGAGGAAUUAAUGUGCACUCAUGGUGUUCAACGUAUUUAGAUAUAAAAAUAAUACAGAAAUAUAGAGGUGUGUGUUUGUGUGUGUGCAUGCAUGUGUGCAUGUGUGUUAUGCAGGAGAAGGAAUUAGCUGGGAAAGAUUAAAAGGAGGAUCAUUUGUGGAGAGUUGAGGGCAGAGAAUCCAGGUGUGAGUGGAGAGCAUAUCUAUGGAGCGAUUCCACGUGAAGGAUUUAAUAUUUGGAGUGUUUUCCUUUAGGCCUUUGGAAAAACUCAUAUUUAGUGCUUUAAGUUUAUCCCCUUCUGUAAUGUGAUUCUAGUUACUUAUCCUAACUGUCGAAAAAUAGUCAUAUAUAUUGGAGGUGGUGUGGGAUUAAAAGGUUAGGGAAGCAGGGAAUAAAGGCUGGCCUUCCCUCUCUUCCAACAUCCAAUAAAGGGGGCUGCUUUCUGGAGUUCUGGAGGUUCUAGCAAGAUGAAUGCAGACCCUUGAGAGAGUUAGUUACCAAUAAGGAAACACAGAGAGUAUGGAGGAGUAGCUUCAGAAGGUGUGGGGUUUAAACUUUGCCUUCCCCACCAUGCAAGAGGAAACUGACUCUUCCAGGUGGGGAGGUUGAUGCUGAGUUUUGUGUCAAUUAUACUCUUAGAAUGUGGUACCAAACAUGUUAUCUACUUCCUUUUAUUCAACUAGAUGAGUGCAGAGGCACCAGAUAGGCACAUAUCCUCCAGAGGGCUCUCAUGAGAACUAAAACUCACAGUAAACACUGAAAACCUCAGUCCACAGAAGAGCCUUUCCUCAGGACCAGUAGAGUGAGAAUCACAGCCUUUAAACAACUGCAAGCAAAAGUUGCCUGAUCAGCCAAAAAUGAUGAGAGGAACGCAACAUAAGCAAGUCUUUGUUCAGGUUUUUUUUUUGUCAAAAGUAGUUACAUUUGUAUGUGGAAACACACAAAUUGUAUUUUUUUUUUUUUUUUUUUUUUUACCAGUGAGGAACAUGAUUCUCAAGAAAGACUUCUCUAAUUGCUUGGUUCCUCUUCUUUUUCCUUCCUAUUUCUUUCCGCAACCUUUUGGGUUCCCACUUUAAUUACAUUUGCUUGCAGUUGUUUAAAGGCUGUGAUUCUCACUCUACUGGUCCUGAGGAAAGGCUCUUCUGUGGACUGAGGUUUUCAGUUUUUACUGUGAGUUUUAGUUCUCAUGAGAGCCCUCUUGAGGAUAUGUGCCUAUCUGGUGCCUCUGCUCUCAUCUAGUUGAAUAAAAGGAAGUAGAUAACUUACUACCAUGUUUGGUUCUCAUUUAUAAGAUGUUUUAAGAAAGAUUGAAAUACAUUUUCUGAAGAAAGCAGGCCUCUUCGCAAUAUGAUUUCGGAAAUCACUUAUGCUGAAGUGAGGUUCAACGAUGCAUCCAAGUCCUCAGGCAUCGACUCUUCUGCAGCUUCCAAGGCAAGGACUGCUCCUCACAAGAGUAGUACUGGGUUUCCCAAGCUGCUCUGUGCCUCACUGCUGAUGUUUUUCCUGCUAAUGGCAAUCUCGUUCUUUAUUGCUUUUGUCAUUUUCUUUCAAAAAUAUUCUCAGCUUCUUGAGAAGAAGACUACAAAGGACCUGGUUCAUACAACAUUGGAGUGUGUGAAAAAAAAUGUGACCACAGAAGAGACAGCCUGGAACUGUUGCCCAAAGAACUGGAAGUUGUUUAGUUCCAACUGCUACUUUAUUUCUACCGAAUCAGCAUCUUGGCAAGAGAGUGAGAAGAAAUGCGCUAGAAUGGAGGCUCACUUGCUGGUGAUAAACACUCGGGAAGAGCAGAAUUUCAUCUUCCAGAAUCUGGAAGAAAAUUCUGCUUAUUUUGUGGGGCUCUCAGAUCCAGAAGGUCAGCGACAUUGGCAAUGGGUUGAUCAGACACCAUACAACGAAAGUUCCACAUUCUGGCAUCAAGGUGAGCCCAAUGAUAGGAAUGAGCGCUGUGUUACGCUAAAUUUUCGUCGUUAUCCCAGAAGCUGGGGCUGGAAUGACGUUUCUUGUGACGGUCAUCAAAGUUCAGUUUGUGAGAUGAUGAAGAUCCAUUUAUGAACUGAACAUUCUCCAUGAACAGGUGGUUGGAUUGGCAUCUGUCAUUAUAGGGAUAGAUAAUAAGCUCUUCUUAUUUAUGUGUAAGAGGGGGUCUAUAGAAUGUAGGUGGGCUGUCAACUAUUCUACUUACGAGAGAAUUGGUCUGUACAUUGAUUGACUCACUUUUUCAUAAAAUGAGCAUUUACUGAGCAUUUUUUCAUGUGCCAGAGACUGUACUGGAGACCCCUAUUGUGCACACAUGGAGAGAACAUGAGUCUCUCUCAAUUUUUGUCUGGUUGCUAAAGAAUUAUUUACCAAUAAAAUUAUGUGAUGUGGUUUC